AUGGGGCCUUGCCAAUCUUAAUCUAAAUUGAAAUCAAGUAAAAAUUUGCAACAGCCAAUUUUAAUCAGAAAAACUGAUCAAGUGCUCACUAAUAACAACCCUUCAAUGAUUCUUCCAAGUUUUUCUCCUCCCUAAGAGUUUAUUAGCGAACCUUAUGACGAUACUAAAAAGAAUCUGUCUCAGCUAAAGGUUUAUAAGUUCUCCUACUCUCGAUUUUACAGUGAAAUCACUUAAGGAAACAUGAAAUUGUCAUCAAAUUAGAAGUUGGUUCAGCAUAAUCUAACUGGCAAAAUUAGAGUAGCGGAAUAAUAUGAAAGAAAUUAAGAAAAUGAAGAAUUUAUCACUCAAUUGAAAUGUUACCCCUUGGAUAACCCUAGAAUUGUGAAUGUACAUGAAUUGUUUAUUGAUGAUGAAUUCUUCUACUUGAUAAUGGAUUAUUGCAGUGGAGGCCAACUCUCCAAUUACUAUGUCGAUAAAUCCAUAAUUCCCUUUACUGAAGCAGAAAUUGCAUCCAUCAUCUAUUAGGCAGCAGAAUCACUAAGAUAUUUGGAACAAAAUGGAUUGACUCAUGGUUUCGUUAAUUUGAAUAGCUUUUCCCGAGUUGAUACGUCAAAUAAUUUUCAAAUUAAACUUAGUGAUAUUAGAGGUCUAUUUGUAAAGCCAGCAUUAAAUGAAUAAAAUGUUUUUAGUCUCCCACCUGAAGCUUGUACUAUAAAAGACUAAAAUGUAUUCAAUCAUUAAAGAGAUGUUUGGUGUUUGGGAGUAAUGGCAUAUUAGAUGAUAUGUGGAUAUCCUCCAUUCGAAGGAAAUACAAUUGAAUCAGUGAAAUCACAAAUUAAAAAGAUGGCUGCCCAAUAUAACAAUUUUUAAUUCGAUAGAGUAUCUAAAUUAUGUAGACAACUGAUUUAAAGAGUUUUGGUGCCUAUUAAAUAGAGAAUUUCAAUUUUAGCAUUUAUGAAUGAUCAUUGGUUUAGAAUUAGAGCUAAGUAAAACGAUCAAAGUAUCUUAAAUUAACUUUAACAAAAUAAGGUAAAAAUUUCAGAACUCCAACAGUUGUUUUUGACUUUUAUGAUUAAAAACAUUUGUUCAGCUGAUUAACAACAACUCUAUACGGAAUUCGUGAAUUUGGAUGAAAAUCAAGAUGGUCAAUUAACUAAGGAAGAGAUUCUAAAAGUAUAUUCUAAUAGAUUUGCUUCUAAAGCAGAAGCAAAAGCCUUCAUUGAGAAUAUUUUCAAGAUAGCUGAUGUUGACAAAAGUGGAACAAUUGAUUUUGGAGAAUUCUUGGUAGCUAUAACUGAUAAACCUGGGUUAUUGACAGAGGAAAAUCUGAAGACAACAUUCAAAAUGGUUGCUUCUAGUAAUGGUAAAUUGACUACACAAAAACUCCGAUUUCAUUUUAGUGUUGCUUCAUCCAAACUAGAUAAAUUGUUUUAAGACAACUUUUCAAAUCCAUAAAAUGUGGGUUAUUCAGAGUUUGAAUUGUUGAUGAAAUAGUUAUUGUGA